AUGGAUGGAGAGCUCAUCUUGGCAUUCAGUGCUGGAUUUGCAGGCAGUGAGGGGGACAGCGACCCUGGCUGUGAGGGAGGAGGAGACAGAAUCACCUUUCAGGACCCUGACAGGUACCAGUGGUACGACCCGACCCUGUGGAGAGCAGCCUCCACCCCUGAUGACCUUGAGAGUGGUAGAUUCCAGUUUUCUGUGCAUGAGGAAAGCGUCCCCUGCGAACACGACGAUGUGAUCUUCCGGCCUGACUCUUCGUUCCGUGUCAGCACAGAUUCUGCUUUGAGCAGCAUGCCCGUGAGGACUGUGUCCAUCAUGGAGAAGAAGUUCUCUCGGGAGGAGGAGUUUGCCCGCUACCUGCAGUCCAGUUCAGGGAAGCUGCAGUUCCACGGCAGCGGCACAGUGCAGGUGACGAACAGGAGGUGCAGCGAGAGCUCAGGAUGUGACUGCGGGAACACUGCGAACCACGAGCGGAUCUGCGCUGCUCUGCACCGGCACUCCCAGUGUCCCCAUCUAGAAUGCUGGAUCCCCCUGACUCCUAUUGGACACUGCUGUGGAAUAUGUGGUGCCAUCGUCUCCCUGGAGUAUUCCCCGGGUUUCAAUGUGGAGUCCUACAGGAACCGUCUGCUUCAUCUGUUUCUGAGCCUGGCGUCGUAUGGAGGGGUGCGCAUGGCCAUGUCCAAGGUGCCCAGGCCCCAGUCUUUCUUAGAACUCGUCCUCCGGGAGGAUGAGUCAGAGAUCCAGGUGGUGCUGCUGGAGGAGGGGAGCGGCUCGAAGGCCGAAGCUCUAGCCUGGGAGAUCAUGAAGGACAUUCAAUCCCAAGGCAGCAGCUUGGGGAUUGUGAAGGGGGAGGUCCACACUUCCACGGGCAGCCACGGCAGUGGGCCGGGGGGCUCUGUGGAUGGUGGGAUGAUCACGGGCGCAGUGAUCGGGGUCCUGCUGGCCCUGGUGGGGCUGGGGUCCUUGGUGGUCCUCAUCACUCGAGGGAUGAUCAGAGUCCCCAGCCUGAGCUCCCUUCAGUUUCUGAAGAUGGACAGUGACCUUGAUAACCUUGGAGACUCGAUCGACAAGGGCUUUGAUAACCCCAUGUUUGACACGUCCUCCAACCUGCCUGCUGAUGUCCAUGGACUGUACUCUGGGUCUGAAGCACUGAAGAGCAUCUCCAUCACCAACUCCGGCAUCCACUUUACAAACCCAGCCUACGAUGAAACCGACUUCACUGCCUAAACCAGCCUGCUCCCUGCCCCCCCACGACACUCAGUCUUUUAGGUAUAAGAAGACUAGUAUGUUUGAAAGUUAUGAUUACAAUGAACCCUUAUCAAAGUGGAAAACGAUGUGCUAUUAGAUACUGAUCCUCACCCUGCUAGAUCCAAGAAUAGCAACACCAUCGACUUUCCCACUCUAAUGGAACGCCUUGAGAAUCUUGUAGGACUGGCAGGUUGUGGUCUAUCUGAAUAGGUUACAAUAUGUUCAAAUUGAGGAGGACAAUGACUCCUUAUCUAGUUACAUGUAUGUGGCAUGCUGCAGGGCGUGCUCCUGGACCAGUCUUGUUUUCUCCUGAGCGAUGUUGUCUGUAGACACACGGUAAACACUCACUGCUAUGUAAUUGACACACAAUUGUACUUAUCUCUGAAACCAGAUGAUUCCACAUCUGCAAAUACCUUAACUACCUGUCUCACUGAGAGUAAGAAAUGGAUGUCAACACAUUUUCUAUUGUUAAAUUCUGACAAAUUGGAGGUCAUAAUUUUGGGGUUAAGAAAUCAAUGAGAGGGUAAGCCAAUGUGCCUGUACAGUGGACAGCUACCCCACUGAGUCUUCAAGAUAGAAAUCAGAAAUGUGGGUUCUGCUGUUGAUACUGUGUGUGUGUGUGUGUGUGUGUGUGUGUGUGUGUGUGUGUGUGU